AUGAAAGAGAAAUUCUUUAACGCUAAUUUUCCGAAAAGCGCUGAUGGUCGAGUUUUUCAUGUUGGAAUCAAACGAGGCGAAAUUGCGAAUAGGAUAAUUACUGUGGGUGAUCUAAAUAGAGCAAAAUUAUUUUUAAGAUUGCUGGACUCGGACACACCGAUAUUUCAACGAGAAAGUCAUCGAGGGUUUAUAACAAUCACUGGGAAGUAUAAAGGAGUCCCUAUUAGCAUUGUUGGAAUUGGGAUGGGUUUAUCAAUGAUGGACUUUUUCGUUCGCGAAACCAGAGCGGUAAUAGAUGGGACCAUGAUCAUAAUAAGGCUUGGGACAUGUGGCUCUAUUGGUAAUGCUAAUUCCGGCGAUGUAGUCAUAUCAGAAGGUUCUUUCGCGGUCACGAGAAAUUACAAUUAUCCAAUUUUUGAGAAUAAGAAGAUAAUUCAAGAUUAUGAAACAAAGACGAAAGAGCAGCCGUACAACAUAUCAAAAGUGUUCUAUGGAGACAAGGAGAUUUGCAGUUUGAUUCGAAAACAAUUAAUAAUUUCAGGAAUCCCUGGUAGUCAAAUAGUUCAAGGUCUAAAUGCUACAAGUGAUAGUUUUUAUUCUUCGCAAGGUAGAUAUGACGAAAAUUUCGAGGAUUACAAUAAAGGACUGAUCGAAUCUAUUCGUACUAAAUAUCCGGAAGCGGAAUCAUUUGAAAUGGAAACUUUCAUGCUUUAUUAUUUAGCCAAGUGUAGUACCGACGCCCCAUAUCGUAAAGUUAGUAAUGAAUUAAAAAAAGAGGGAAAACAAAAGACAAAAAUUAGUAACGAUACUUUAACGACCCAAAAAGGAUUUAAUUCAAGAAAUAGCAUAAGAGCAGCUGCAAUUAUGAUAGUAAUCUUGAAUCGUAACAAAAACGAAAUGAUCGAUCCUGAUAAAGUGAAUUAUUUAGAAAGAACUGUUGGAGAAGCUGUUUUGAAAGGUUUGUUAGAGAUUGAAUUGGAUGAAGAGCAUAUUGGAGAUGAUUGUGUUUGGAAUUUGAAAGUUUAA